AUGUCUGACGAGGUUUACGAGGGCGCCAUUGGCAUUGACCUUGGCACGACCUACUCCUGUGUCGCCAACUAUGAGGGCACCAAUGUGGAAAUCAUUGCCAACGAGCAGGGAAGCUACACCACUCCCUCGUUCGUCUCUUUCACCGACAAGGAGCGCUUGAUCGGCGAGGCCGCCAAGAACCAGGCCGCCAUGAACCCCGCGAACACCAUUUUCGACAUCAAGCGUCUUAUCGGCCGCAGAUUCGAUGAUGAGCAUACGAAGAAGGAUGUCCAGAGCUGGCCCUUCAAGGUCGUUGACCAGGGCGGUAACCCUGUCGUCGAGGUUGACUACCUUGGCGAGAAGAAGACUUUCACUCCCCAGGAAAUCUCUUCUAUGGUUCUGAUGAAGAUGAAAGAAAUCGCCGAGACUAAGCUGGGCAAGCGGGUCGAGAAGGCGGUCAUCACUGUUCCCGCAUACUUCAACGACAACCAACGCCAGGCUACCAAGGAUGCCGGUGCUAUCGCCGGGCUCAAUGUUCUCCGUAUCAUCAACGAGCCUACUGCUGCGGCCAUUGCUUAUGGUCUCGGUUCUGGAAAGUCCGACAAGGAGCGCAAUGUCUUGAUCUACGAUCUUGGUGGUGGUACCUUCGAUGUUUCUCUCCUAAACAUUCAGGGAGGAGUUUUCACAGUCAAGGCUACUGCUGGUGAUACGCACUUAGGAGGCCAGGAUUUCGACACCAAUAUGCUUGAACACUUCAAGAAGGAGUUCCAGAAGAAGAGUGGAAAGGAUUUGAGCGGUGAUGCUCGCGCUCUCAGACGUCUGAGAACCGCCUGUGAGCGCGCGAAGAGAACUCUCUCCAACGCUACUCAGACCACUGUUGAGAUUGAUUCCUUGUUCGAUAGCGAGGACUUCAACACCUCGAUCACCCGUGCUCGCUUCGAGGACCUCAACGCCAAGGCUUUCUCCGGCACCCUCGAGCCCGUUCAGCAGGUUCUGAAGGAUUCUGGUCUUGAGAAGAGCCAGGUCGACGAGAUUGUCUUGGUCGGCGGUUCCACCCGUAUCCCUCGCAUCCAGAAGCUCCUCAGUGAAUUCUUUGACAAUAAAAAGCUUGAGAAAAGCAUCAAUCCCGAUGAGGCUGUCGCCUAUGGUGCCGCCGUCCAAGCUGGCAUCCUCUCCGGAAAGGCCACCUCCGCUGAAACGGCCGACCUUUUGCUGCUUGACGUCGUUCCUCUCUCCCUUGGAGUCGCCAUGGAGGGCAAUAUCUUUGCUCCAGUUGUUCCGCGUGGACAGACCGUCCCCACCAUCAAGAAGCGCACUUUCACCACUGUCGUCGACAACCAGACCACCGUUCAGUUCCCCGUCUACCAGGGUGAGCGUACCAACUGCGCUGAUAACACCUCUCUCGGCGAGUUCACACUGGCUCCUAUUCCCCCUAUGAGAGCUGGUGAGGCCGCCCUCGAGGUUGUCUUUGAGGUUGAUGUCAACGGUAUCCUCAAGGUUACCGCUACUGAGAAGUCCUCUGGCCGUACUGCCAACAUCACUAUCUCCAACGCUGUCGGCAAACUUUCCACUACUGAGAUUGAGCAGAUGGUUGAGGAUGCUGCCAAGUUCAAGUCCACCGAUGAGGAGUUCACCAAGCGAUUCGAGUCCCGUCAACAGCUCGAGUCUUACAUCUCUCGCGUUGAAGAGAUUGUCUCCGACCCCACAAUGUCCCUCAAGCUCAAGCGUGGCAACAGGGAGAAGAUCGAGUCCGCUCUCAGUGAUGCUAUGGCCCAGCUCGAGAUUGAGGACUCUACUCCCGAGGAUCUCAAGAAGAAGGAGCUUGCUCUUAAGAGGCUUAUCACCAAGGCCAUGGCUACGCGGUAA